AUGUCUACGAAACAAUCGCUAAAGAACCGUAAAAACCGGAAGUAUAAUAAGCGAUGGGUCAUUGUUUCCUUUACGGAAUCAAACGAUUACAGUGUUGUGCCUGUUAAUUGGCUAAUUUUACCACCAACAUUGGAGCUAACCGCGGACAACAUUUCAAUAGUUGAACUUUGUCGAUGGCCUCCAUUUAAUGUAACGAGCAUUGAACUAACAAACGCGGAUGAUCCAGAAGAUUUAUGGGGCUUAUUCAAAAUUAAAAUCUUGUCCAGUAAAAUAUAUGUCAAUUUCAAAGAAGCCUGGCAUCAACGUGUGGAGAUUGAAAGUUCUGCUACAGAAAAUGAACCUGAACUACUCAAAAAGAAAAAGAAAAACCGCCAAAGAAGUUCAUCUGAAGAUGACGACAGUGACUUUGAAGAUUGUAGCAUAUCAGUAACACCUAUCAGCAAAAAACUAAAAAAAGAUGUGCCGUUAACAUAUACUGAAUUGCUGGUGAGGAAUUCUGAUGAAGAAUUCAAUUGUGAACUAGAUUCUGUAUUACCACUGGCAGUAGAAAUUGCAGCUAGUUCCUCAGUAUCAUACAUAAUUAAUGAUGACAUACAUACGCAGACAACGUCUCAGGUUAAAAAUACUGAUGAAAUACAAUUAUAUGAACCAUAUGAACCAUUUAUUGUUCCUAAUACCUCAUACAGUACAACCAGUACUGGUAGUUUAAAUCAGAAAAUUCUUGAUAUUUUAACUAAUAUGCAAUUGGAACAAGUCAACAUUAAAAAAGAGUUAGUGGCAUCAAAUUUAAUUUUGAAUCGAUUACUUACAAAAGUUGAAGUUUUGGAAACUAAUUCAAAAAACAAUAGUUUAAACUCUGCGAUGGCCAACCAGUAUAUUGAUUCAAAUUUUCUUUCAUUAUUCCCAAUUAAAGAUAAAGAUGAAUUUUUAUCAGUUGAAUCAAACAUAGUAAAUGAAGUGGACUUUGUGUUGAAACUAGAAUCAUUCAUUAAAAGUAUUGGUGGAUGUGGACUAAAAAAUAAUAUUACAAGGGUGUUACAAAAAAUAUUUAGCGAUGAAUUUGCUGUUAUCUCUACUUGGACUGGACGUGGUAAACAUAUAUCCAUUACAAUAGGAAGUUCUGAAGUGAUAAAACUAAUAAAAAGGUUUAUUAAAGCCAAUUCCAAUGAUGUGUUAACGGAUUCAGAAUUUGAAAUCACUGUUGCAAAUUGGCUUAGACAUGCAAACACUCGUUUGAGUAGAGCAAAAUAA